AUGUCAGGCUUGACCCCAAGAAUAUUGGAGGAAGUCUUCAACCAUAUUGUUCUACCUCCUCGUCUACCUGACCACAGCGACAAGGACGUAGAUCAAGUGAACAGAGGAAUUAUCCACUAUGCCAUCGAGGCUGUGGAGGCCCUUUUUUCACUAGCUGGGGACGAGUACCAGAGUGCAUGGGAACUGAUCAAAAGAUCGCUGCAUCGUUGCAGCUCAAUCCACGAAUACGGCCACGUCGACCGAUGCAAUUUGAUGGAUGCUUUUGGUGCGAUAGAGGACAGGACAGCUUUAAUAUUACAUGUUACUGAGCAGAAUGCAGGACUUUUGAUCCUGCCAGUUCACGAUGAACGAGAUGAACCCAAACAAGAAGUUACCCUUGAAUGCUUCGAAGCGUCACCUACCUCUGAGAGUGUGCUCGCCUGCACCGGUUCCUUGGAAUGCGAUUAUCCUGGAAACGCUGUCACAAUUCCAGUAGAUGUGUUCCGGAACACCUCCUUCCAGGAAUCUCUAGCAGCCUUCCUCGAGCAGGCCAGCGAAGAGUUGAUCGAGCGUUUUGCGGCCAAGGCAAAGAAAGCAGGAAAAUCCGUUGUUGAACGUCGAAAUACCGCUACCCCCCAUCUCAUCAGUCAAAUGCUCAUGUCUCUCUUGGAAGCACAUGGAUCACAAAACGCCUCACCAGUCCUUCGAAAAAGAAUUCGAGAUGACGUUUGUUGGAACGAUGCUUAUCUUCCCUGGCGGCGAAGCCCUUUCUAUUUGGUCAUACGGGUUUGCAUCCAGAGGUUGCUCUACUUUGUGUACGGAAACCAGAAGGGCAGGGCUUACUACAAGAUCUUCAUCGCGAUGAUACAUGCUUGUCUUCUCCGAAACGUCACGGGAAUAUUGCCAGUUGAAUCCUGUCAUUUUCUUCGGGCCAAACUUUGUCGACGCCUGAGUAAAUUGGAAACUGACCGGCGCAGGACAUCAUGCGAAACUUACAGCCAACUGCUAGAUGUCUGCUCUUCGCAAUUUUCGGGAAUUAUCAAAAACGCCACCCUAGCAAUGGAGGAAGAAUGGAAGAGAUUCAAAGAUGCUACCCAAAGGCACAUACCCUCUCUACCACUCCGGGCUGAUAGAGAUGAUACGUGCCUCCAAUUUCCAAAUAGUUAUGAUCACCUGAUGGGUAUCCUCCGGUCGCCGCUGAACAAGAGGCCAUUUCUGGAUCCCAAAUCAAUUGCCAAACGCCUACCUGAACUGGUCAAUCCGGACUACCAACGGUUUUCACAACGCUAUUACGCAUUGCAUGAGUUGCAGCAUAAAAUACAAAACGAAUGGACCGUGCCGCGCGACAAGAAAACAAGCUGCAUACAAGUUGCGCAUCAGAUAGAUUCCUAUCUUGACAUGGUGUCUAAUUUGCUUGAUAACCACGCUGAGGAAAAGAGCGUGAUGAUGGUUGAUCUUUUUGAACUCUGGAUUAUCAUGGACAUGAAUGCCGUGCGACAGUUCCCCCUAUUGGAGGAGUAUAGCUGUGGGUUCCAACCGGAAUUACUGAACGUAUUGCAACUUGCAUCGCGAGAAGAUCUGGUUCGUUUACAAAUGAUUCAGCAGUAUCUUACGAAACGUGAAAACCAGUCACGCUUCAAAUCCAUUACAAUAUUCUCGGAUCCUAGCCCAGACGGCUUUUCUGACCAGUAUGUGCGGCAUUCUCCUGACAAAAAACGCCUUACGAAGUUGCGACAGGAGAUAGAACAAGCUUCCCAGAAGGCUCAGCGGUUGAAAGAAGCCGAGCUUGAGAGGGUUAAUUCACGUUACUCUUUCCUGUCUACGCAGGUCUUGUUACCAUGCACUCGUGGAAUUGGGCAAAAUCGAAGCCUUUGCUCUCAUUGUAAUGCAAAGAAGCAGCGGAAAAAGCUCAAAAUAUCUGCACACGAAGAUUUCCUACCCAAUGGAGGUACAGUUUCUUCUCUCAUACAGCAAAGAGCGAUUCUUUUUGAGCUUGCUAUGCCACCCGAGCUAGCAGCAUAUCGUGACACGACUUGGAGGAUUUUGAGCAGCUAUGGGAAGCCUGAGCAUGACACGAUGCCCAAAGGGCCCCCAUCCCGAGGGCUAUUGCGUGAGUAUAGCUCAUUAAUGCCAUAUAAUCAGCACAAAAAGCUGAGAUUUCAUUUGGCAUCAAAAACAAAGUCCUUUCUUGUUUCGCACUACAAAGGCUCCGCCCUUCCAGCCUCUCGCAGCCAGGUAAUACUACCGUUUGGUCCGGAUCUUUAUUACUACGAAACAAGCAAAAGUCAAUGGGCUGCUGAACUACCAGAAAGAGUGACUUUCGCUCACCACUUCUCUCUAGACCCGUCUAUACUUGCCCUCUUGAAUGUUCAUGGCGAUCCCAAAUUUGCGGCAAGUGCUGCGGAUCGGUCUUCAUAUGAGAUAAUGACCAGGCAGAACGAGUGCCCUGUCCGCCUCACAGUACAUGAAUACACUACAUGCCAAAGCCUUCUGAGAGAACAGGCAACUAGGUGGCUCUCGCUUGUUCGUGAGCUUGGUUCGUCGAAUCUCAACUUCAGUAUUGAGGCUACAAUGCACCUUGUGAGCUUUUUAGCUUUACAUGCCGGGCCAGAUUCGUCUAAGGGACCUUUGCGUUUAAUACACCAAGUCUUCGAAGAAGCAGAGUUCUGUCAUCAGCUGGCGACCCAAACGGCGGAAAUUCUGAACAGGAUCUCAAAUAACUGUCGUGAAUCAUUUUGCAUGGAUAUGUUGCUAACAUUGAUUCUACGCAUUCUCAAUCUUGGGCCGAAAGCAGCUGAAACCGAAGGUCUUCUACUUCUGGGCCAAGUCCGGCGGAUCACUGUGACAUGGACUCAGAAUCUACGCCACGAGAUCCAAAGCGGAGUUACUACUGAAACAGCUGACAGACUAAGUAUGUACGCAUUACUAGCCGGGCUGGUUUGCAAACGGACCUUUUCAAACCCACAGAAUGGAGACUUUGGCUCCGAUAGCUUGCAGAUAUUCCUUGCAGCAUGCCUAACAAUUCAAGAAAACUUGCAAGAUCCCGCUCAGCUUCCACCGACAGCUCAGGCAAUGCUCGUGCGUGACUUCCGAAUGACGUACUCUAUGACCCCAGUUCUACGCGGGUCUAUCAUACGUAACCCAAGAAACAUAGAACUUGCUAUUAAGGCAGUUUGGCCCAGCGCAACCAGUGGUCACAGAACAUACAACAAUUGGGAUGUUGUAUCAGGGUCGAAUGGGUGGAUUGAAUCGCGAAUCAUCGAGACAGAUUUAUUUCAGUCGCAGAUAAUUCAUUACCACCCAAUAGACGGCCAUCUGCUUGUCGAUGGAAGGCCCGUUGGCAAGCUUCCGCCUGAGUACCGCAGUUCACCGAAUGUUCAAGAGCUAUUCGGGAAAGAGCACCUCUUGGUAUUUCCGUCCGCUAUGCGAGGUAUGGAAUUCACGCUUGUGGCGCCAAGAAGUGACCAUAUUGUCCAUUUCGGUCGAAGCAAAAACGAAAUAAUUGUUCGCACACAUGUUAGAGGGAAUUUGUUGCAUCUAGUUCACAGGGACGAGUUUGGGAAAGGGGCGCAAGCAGAUCUCCCGGCGCCGCUAAUAAUCGAUUGUUUUCACUGGCUGAAUUUGAAGAAAAAGGAGGUCGAUAUUCGAGCAAAGAAGCAUAUGUGGUGGUUCAGUCGUCGAAGCAAUUGGGUGAUAGACAUCUCCGCUCGUCAAGCCUCUCGUAGGACCGCUCAUCUUGUUGACCCCCAUGGCAAGCUCUUUCGUCAGGUGUCGAGAAUAUUUGACGGGUUCGAAGACCGACAGAAUAUCACAGUUACUCAGCCACUGUUGAGAACCCUCUCCGUCGAAAUGAAACGAAUGGAUUUAAAUUUCAACGUUAACGGCAGAGGAUAUCUAGUAUGUCAGCAGCUUCACGCAGAAAUAGAUCCAGACCAGGAUGCCGGUACAUGGUACGGAUUGCAAAGCAAAAUUGUCAUGCGCGAAACAUCAAACCGAAUGCAACGAAGUGUGGUUGUGCCUAUUGGAGACGUACACUAUCAUCGACAUGGGCCACAUGUCUUGGUUCAUGUCAUGAAUGAUGGUAGGUACGGUCGAUAUUCGAUUGAUAGCACACUGGGUCGGUUAAAGUGUGAACCAGAACCGCUGCUGGUUUACACCAAGUCUCUGAUGCAUGCAUUUACAUCUUUCCCGCUCCCUGACACUCUCACCGGCCGUACGGGAACUGAGGAAGCUCUAUCCUGCCUGAAAUCUGCGUUAAGUAAGCCCUGGAACCCUGUUGGGGUGUCUCAAACCGCACCUCUCAUUUCUCUUGCGCGCCUGACUGCAAAGCGGUUUUACUAUCCCGAGCAUUUGAAGCACCACCAACAAGUGUUGUGGGACAAAGACCUUACUGUGGCUAUCCAAGGUGACCUCUACCGUCCUAUUAUUGAGGCUGUGGCGAAUAAGUUGGAGCGGCUGAGACCCUUUGCUUUGGAUGGCUGUCAUCAGUUACAGCUUGAGGCAGGUGGUGUGCCUUACCUGAGAGAUAGGAAUCAUCUUCGUCGUCGAAACUUAGAGCCAGGUGAGUUCCACAUCAACGGAUUAGCGCAGCCAGUCGAUAGAUUUUAUUAUGCUCGUGACAAGCGUGAGCCCAGUACCGGGAGGGAAAAUGUUUACAGAAUCGUGCAUAACCUGAUACAUCGGCCACUAAACAUCCAAGCUACAUCCUCGUUAGCAAAAUUCUUUCAUCAAGCAGCCUGGAUCAUGGGACGUACGGGCAUGUUCAAUAAGUCAUCGCUGAGCGAAGCCCUUGAAGUCGACAUGAUCCAAGAAUGGGGACCGCUGACCGAGCUAUGCCGCCAAUAUAACGAAGGGCAGUAUGGUACGAUAUUCAAGCUUGCAAUGGUUGCAUUUGCAGAAAACGUGAAUAUGGAUCUUCUGCGAACAUUGGCUGCAAUCUGUACCUAUAGCGACCUGCGCGCUGUCCGCAUUCCAGUGCAUGCCGAAUACUUCGACAUCGAAUUGAAGGAGAGACCAUCUUUGCAGUUUAUCAAGAACCGAAUCCAGUCCUCCUCCGAGGUGUCAUCCGAUACACUUCAGCAAGCAAUCGAAGAAGAAAGGGUACAUUCUUCGACAACUUUGACGGAAUUCGAUGCCCUGUUCCAGCAGGAAGCGCGCCUGUUUGCUACCAGUAUUCUGAAGCAGUGGCCUUGCGAGAGAAUUGUCUGUCCUCAAAUUCGCAUAAAGUGUUUUGAUACUCAAAGUGCACUGAACACAAUCAGGCGAGAUUGGGGGCGACUUUUCAGAAACUUUGAACUGGAAGGAUAUCUUGACGAUGUCCAGAAGGUGCUUGACAAGCACCAAACUGAUUCUGAAACCGCUGUCCCAGGAUGCAUAGACACUGCAAAUAUGUAUCCAGUUUCUCCUCGCUCCUCAGCAGUUCCAAAAUUAGGUGAUCUCCUUUCAAAGCCUGGACCAGAUGACCGUACCAGAUCAAGUUCUGUGUCGGGCCAUUUGUGGCGUAACAAGACAGCACUCCUUUCAAUGGCGGAUAGAUCAAACCAUUCGACUAUGGUCAAAGACCCUUGUGAGAUUCAACCGCUCAAAGCUCUAGUUGACGAGAUGAAGGCAUCAAUCUCUAAAGAAAAACAAGCGUAUGCCUAUGACUUGAAGAACAGCUUAGACGCCUUUGAGGGCUAUCAGGCGCACCAGGGACCGAGUGUAGAACUGCCUAGCCUUGGCAGGAUGGAAGGGAAGGUUUCCAAAGUUCAACACGCAGUAGAGCGGCGACUCUCAGUCUUAGUUGACUCAUUGACAAAGUUUGAUGUGCGUUACAAGUGGCUCUCCGCAGGACAACUCUGGCCUUGCAUGACUCCCGUCACUAUAUUUCAACAUCUACGAUCGUCUAGUCAGCAACAUUUUGGACCUGACAUGAAGAGGGCCCUGCUGGAUUAUGGCGUGUCAAUCACACAAUUGCAACAGCUACUGCGAAUUUGCGAUUCCAUGAAGAAAAACGACUUUCAACGCUCCAGGGACGAGUACGAGAAUGUCGGCCAUGAAAACUGGAAACCAGAAGACUUUCCUGACUGGUUACUGAUGGAAAUCGAUGGGAAUAUUCUCAUCCGAAAAAAGCAAGUGGAUGUUGCACUUGCGACAAUAUUGCCGGCGUCAAGAUCAAAUUCCGUACUUCAGAUGAACAUGGGACAAGGUAAAACCUCGGUGGUCAUGCCUAUGGCUCUGUGUGUCCUUGGCAAUGGAAAGACUCUUGGGCGUCUGAUAGUUCCAAAAUCUCUUCUACUACAGACCGCACAAACUAUUCAAUCCAGGCUUGGAGACUUGGUGGGCCGCGAGGUGCUCCAUAUCCCCUUUACUCGAAAGUCCCCAGUUGAGCCAGCAGCAAUCAAAGAGUACCAGUUGCUUCACGAAGAGAUCCUACAGAGAUCGGGGAUUAUUCUGACGCUUCCCGAGCACUUUCUUUCAUUCAGGCUCAGUGGGUUCCAAUGCCUUUCGGAUUCCAAGCUCCAGUCCGCCGGUGCUAUUUUAUCUACCGACUCUUGGUUGAGACGCGUUUCCCGGGACGUCAUAGAUGAAUCAGAUCUCUCACUGGCCCCUAAAACACAGCUGAUUUAUCCCAGUGGAUCUCAGCUGUCAUUGGACGGUCAUCCAUAUCGAUGGAGAAUGGCUCACAUCUUGCUAGGGAUGGUUGAAGAGCAACUAGCGGACCUUGAGAGGGAUUUCCCUGGAAGCAUCGAGGUAGUGAGACGUCCUAACGGUGGUUUCCCACUCAUCUAUAUUCUACGAUCAGAUGUGGAGGAAGCUUUGCACAGAAAGCUGGUUGGUGAUUUGUGCUCCGGCAAAACCAAUAUUCUGCCUUUGGUCCAACCACCUGACCAAAUGGCUGUGAAGGAGUUCAUAUGCCAUGCUAAGGCCGAGCAAUCAGUAUGUGAGGAUGUGAUACAGAUUUUCAAUGAUAACCCCGUCGCAUUUAAGAACUUGCAUCUUCUUCGUGGGUUGAUAUGUCACGAUAUCUUACUACUUUGUCUGAAGAAACGCUGGAACGUGCAGUAUGGUCUACAUCCAGCUCGGAGCCCGAUCGCUGUUCCCUUCCACGCCAAAGGCGUUCCGUCUGAGCAAGCCGAAUGGGGGCAUCCCGAUGUUGCUAUUCUGUUGACCUGUUUAGCCUUCUACUAUGACGGGCUAUCAGCUGAUCAGUUGCAUCAAUGCUUGCAAAGUUUAUCCCAAUCUGACGAUCCAUCAGGGGAAUACGACCGCUGGGGGGCUUAUGCGCCGAGUCUUCCCGAUUCACUACGACACUGGAAUCUGAUCAGCAUUGAUGAUGAUAUGCAGGUCCGAGAGAUCUGGACCUACCUUCGAUAUGGGGUGAUUGUUAUUAACUAUUUCCUGGAUCACUGCGUCUUUCCCGUUCACGCCAAACAGUUCUCUCAGAGACUCCAGCUGUCCGGAUGGGAUAUCCCAAUGUUCUCAACACAGGAGGCAGGAUCAAAGAUGCUCACAACGGGGUUCAGCGGAACAAAUGACGAUCGAUUCCUGCUUCCGCUAACAAUCAAACAGAACGACCUUGCUGCAUUAUCGCACACAAAUGCCGAGGUUCUUUCCUAUUUGCUGCAACCUCGGAAUAGAUCUUACUUUGUGGCCGCUCAUCCGAACGGUAAACAUCUAUCUGAGGAAGAGUUUAUCCGCAAGCUCUUCUCAAUGAAUAUUCGCAUUCUCAUUGAUGCCGGUGCGCAUAUUUUAGAGCUCGACAACCAGGCUCUUGCGCGAAAGUGGCUGGAGAUUGACCACAGCGCCCCUGCGGCGGUCUAUUUUGACAGGGGCAGCAAGCCUUGGGUGAUAGAUCGCAGUUACAAGGAGGUGCCACUUCUUGCUUCCUCUUUUGCAAAUGAUCUUGAUAAAUGUCUUGUUUUUCUGGACGAGGCGCAUACUCGAGGGACAGAUUUGAAAUUCUCGCCGUCUUCACGUGGAGUGCUGACGUUGAGCUUGGGUCAGACCAAGGAUCACACAGUUCAAGCUGCAAUGAGACUCCGUCAAUUAGGGACUUCACAGUCUGUAGUAUUUGUUGCGGCCCCCGAAGUUCAUCAGAGCAUCUUGGAUCUGCGUCAAAAGUCCUCCAAGGAUGUAAUUGAUUCAGCCGACGUGAUUGCAUGGCUCCUCGAGCAAACCUGUUGCCACCAGGAGCAGCUCAAAUCGUUGUAUCUGGCGCAGGGAUACGAUUUCUGUCGGAGGAUCAAUGCCGCAGACGAGAACGACAAGUUCCUGACGAACUCAGAGCACCGAAACGCGCUUCUGGAUACAUUGCUGCAAAAAGAAGAACAUUCUUUGGAAGAGAUCUACAGACCCAAACCGAAGCCCAGCACUUUCGCGAACGGUCAAUAUAUGUAUCCGCAGCUUGGAAAGUUCGGUCUGGACCUUGAUAAUCAACGUCUCGGACAUGACGAGCUCUCAGCUUCUGCGUCCACCUUAGCUUUUGCUGAGGUUGAGCAGGAACGCGAAUGCAUGUUGCACGUUGAGGAGGUUCGAGAAAUUCAACGGCCGACUCGCCUUCCACACUACAGCUUUCCUGGACUACAUGAAUCCAUCAGAAAAUUUGCACUCACCGGGUCUCUCGAAGGAACAACCGGCUAUGACGCAGCGUUCACGGCGCUCAGAAGAACAACACUAGGCAGAAAACAUCGCCUGCGAAUUGAACAGCGAUCAAGACUCUUUAUCUCGGAUGAGUUCACGAAGACAAUCCUUCAAGAGGAAAACCACUGGCGCGAGGAUUUCCUACGUCCUGUCCACUGGAUUCUCUGGGCCCCAAGUACAUCCACAGCCAUGAUCCUGAUUCCCGAAGAAGCGGAACGCGUGCUAUCACUCAUCAGGGCCCAUCGCCCCUCGCCGACGCACCUCUUAGUGUACGCAGCGCCAUCCGCCAAGAGCAUGCUUCAUUUCAACUCUUUGGAUUUCUACGCCUAUCCCACAUUACCUAAGGAUCAUACUUUCCCUACCAGUCUCAAGGUCGAGCUGGGGCUUCUGUCUGGUCGUCUUUUCUUUUCGUUUGAUGAAAACGUGGAGAUUCUAGAUUACCUCGGACAAGAUAUGGUUGGUCACAAGGACUCCGUGAGAGGUGAUGCUGCACAGGACGCCAUGCACCAUGGAAAAUCAACGCCCAGGGACGAUAACUUUCUUACUUUCCUUCAAGAGUGGCUCUCUGUGACUAGGAAAGGAAGUGAGUACUCUCACACGCCGAUGGGGUAUGUUUGUCAGAGUCGACUUCUCAAGAGUGACCAUCCUGCGUUUAGCCACAGGCCUGCGGAGAUUGAAAACGUUCCAAAGUCACCUAGCUUACAACUGGAUGCUGUGAAGGACGAGGAUGAUAGCAAAGAUGAUGAUGAUAUCUCAUUAGAUUGA